CGCUCCCAGCUGACCAUAUCGCCGUCCUGCUCAGCGCCAGCGCAACCGCCCAAUGGCUCCCGAGAUGGACCAGUUCUACAGGUCCACCAUGGCCAUCUACAAGAGCAUCAUGGAGCAGUUCAACCCCGCCCUGGAGAACCUCGUGUACCUGGGGAACAACUACCUACGGGCCUUCCACGCCCUGUCGGAGGCAGCCGAGGUCUACUUCAACGCCAUCCAGAAGAUCGGAGAGCAAGCCCUGCAGAGCUCCACCUCGCAGAUCCUUGGGGAAAUCUUAGUGCAGAUGUCUGACACCCAGCGGCACCUGAACUCUGACCUGGAGGUGGUGGUGCAGACCUUCCACGGGGACUUGCUGCAGCAUAUGGAGAAAAACACCAAGCUGGACAUGCAGUUCAUCAAAGACAGUCGCCAGCACUAUGAGAUCGAGUACCGCCACCGAGCUGCCAACCUGGAGAAGUACAUGUCCGAGCUGUGGCGCAUGGAGCGCAAGAGGGACAAGAAUGCGCGUGAGAUGAAGGAGAGCGUGAACCGGCUGCACGCCCAGAUGCAAGCCUUUGUGUCCGAGAGCCAGCGGGCGGCUGAGCUGGAGGAGAAACGGCGCUACCGCUUCCUGGCCGAGAAGCACCUGCUGCUGUCCAACACCUUCCUGCAGUUCUUCGGUCGGGCCCGGGGGACGCUGCAGAACCGUGUGCUGCUGUGGAAGGAGCAGUCAGAGGCCAGCCGCGGCCCGUCGCGGGCCCACUCCCCGGGCUUGCUGGGGCCCGUGCUGGGGCCGCCCUACCCCUCGGGCCGCCUGACACCCACCCGCCUGGACAUGCCCCAGCGGCCUCUGGGCGACUUCGGCGCCCCCCGCAGCCGGCACAGCUCCGGCUCCUACGGCCCUGGCCCUGGCCCCGAGCCUGCCACCGAGGCGAGGUCCACGUCGCAGCUGGACCUAGAGCGCAGGUCCCUGCCCCGGACGCCGUCGGCCAGUGAGUACCCUUGCCGGGGCACUGGGAUGGCAACGGGGAGACGGCGGGGGACCAGAGCCCCCAGGACUGACAGCGGCGGCGGUGCCAGGAGGGUACGCGCUCUUGUCUCCCACUCGGAGGGCGCCAACCACACGUUGUUGCGCUUCUCGGCUGGGGACGUCGUGGAGGUGCUUGUGCCUGAGGCGCAGAACGGCUGGCUCUACGGCAAGCUGGAGGGCUCGACAACGAGCGGCUGGUUCCCUGAGGCCUAUGUGAAGCCCCUGGAGGAGGUGCCCAUGAACCCCCUGAAGCCCUUGAGCCCCAUGGCCUCCAUGAACCCCAUGGUCCCCACCAAUGAGCUCUCCUCCAGGUCCUACCCACUCCGCGGCAGCCACAGCCUCGAUGACCUCCUGGACCGGCCAGCCAGCUCCACGGUGCCCUCUGAGUACUGGGAUGGCCAACCCCGCUCACGGACCCCGAGCAGAGUCCCGAGCCCCGUGCCCACGCCCUUGCCUGAUAGCCGGCGGGGCAGCAUGGGCGGCACGGGUAUAGCCGGUGAUGUCAAGAAACUGAUGGCCUUGGAGCAGCAGCCCCCGGAGCUCUUCCCACGGGGCACGAACCCCUUCGCCACCGUCAAGCUACGUCCCACGGUGACCAACGACCGCUCAGCACCCCUCAUCCGCUGAGGCUGACCCCAGGACUCUCAACUUGGGCACUGUACCCACCUGGGACUGGAGCUGGCGGCGACAAUAGUAGCACUGGCAGAUCCCUGUGGCCGGGCCUGAUGAAGUAGGGUAGCUGCCCUCCCUGCCACCUCCCUGUGCCCAGCCCGGGGCCGGUCUGUGAAGCACGGGGCAUACUCCUUCCUUCCCAGCCAGCCUGUGGAACUCUGCCCGGGAGGCCUGCCCUGCACCCCCCAGCCGCUGACCCCUUCUCUGUUUCCCAUACUU